UUUGAAAAUAUAUUUGUCGACUCAACCCGGACUUUCAUACUUAUUUGAAGCACACAGCGUACAUUGAGCCUAUUUGAAGACAUACAUUGCCACCUAGUCGAUCAAACAUAUAAUCAUGACGGUUGCUAACGGUUCUGCUAAGCGCGCUCGCGUAGAAAACUCUACGCCCGUCGAGAUAACGGCAAAUCUUAAGGAGAAGAUCAACAACUUCAAGACGGAUGUACAGAAUCACCUCUCAUCAUUUCAGCCCGAGAAGAUUGUAGUCGUAUCAGCCUGGCUGGUUAGUGAUAAUGUGAUCGUUGAUCUUUUCUCCCGCUUUGCCGACUUUAUGCCUACUGUCGUUGGUGUCGACACUUUGCAUUUGUUCCCAGAGACGCUCGAUGUUGUCACCGAAAUGGAGGCCAAGUACAACUUCAAGGCAGUGAUUAGAAAACCUGAGGGCUGCAAUACCAAGGAGGAAUUUGAGGCCAAGUUCGGGAACCACGCGACCCUGUCUUACGACGACUUCGACAAGCACAGCAAAAUUGAUCCUCUAGUGAAUGCAUUGAACGAGGUUGGAAAGGAAGUGUCUAUUACAGGUCGCCGUUGCGAUCAAGGCAAUGAGCGAGUCUCGCUUGACACAUGGGAGCCUCAGAAAAGCACCUUCAAUCCUCUUGCUGGUUGGUCUUGGUCGGAGGUAUGCGAGUAUGUGUUACUAUACAAUGUGCCAUACAACGCGCUGCACAAGACUAUCACAGUGUCUAAGGAAAAGGUUUACGCAGAAGAUCGCGAUACUUACAGUAAGUUUGAGAAGGUGGAGCUUUCGCUUCCUUUCUUUGCUUACAGCAAAGCGUACAUUCACGCUCAAGCACCAUAUGUAUAUAUCUGGAAGAGUUUUGGUGAUACACAUACUUCUGUACCUGUCCAAUACGAGGACUCUGAGCGAUCCGGUCGCUUCGUGGGUCGCCUACAAACUGAAUGCGGUAUUCACACACGCAUUACCAGCAAGGGAGAACCUCACGGUGGUAAACUAGUAGAACUACUAGUGGAGGGAGGUGUUGCCAGCAUAGAAACACCUCUUAGCAACUGCACGCAUAUCCACACUAUGAACGAGCGCCAAGUGUGCGAUUUUGAGCUGCUUUCUGUCGGUGGAUUUUCUCCUCUUGAAGGGUUUAUGAACGAGACCGAGUACAACUCUGUGAUCGCAGAUAUGCGAUUGCCCGAGGGCCAGCUAUUUGGACUGCCCGUUACUCUGGAUACUGACGAUGAGUCCGUUCAGAUCGGGGACUGGGUUGAAUUGAAGGAUCCACUAUUUGGUGGACAUGGGUGCAUUCAUGUCACUAGCAAAUGGACACCCAAUCGUUCCAUCGAGGCCGAGAAGGUGUACGGUACCGUCAAUGAGGAGCAUCCAUCAGUGUACCACGUACUCAUGGAGAAGAAGAAGUUCAAUAUUGGCGGAAAAGUGUACGCUUACAAGCUUCCGCAACGAGAUUGGGUGGACUGUAAGACUCCCGCACAAAUCAGAGCGAGUAAAACACCAGGGAAGAAUUUGAUCGCAUUUCAGUCACGAAACCCCCUUCACAGAGCACAUGCCACCAUGUUUUUGCGAGCACACGAGAAGUAUGAUGCUGAUGUGCUGGUCCACCCUGUUAUCGGCCCCACUAAGGACGACGAUAUUCCAGCCACCGUUCGCAAAUUAACGUACGAUGCUCUGGCCAAGAAGCUCGACCAUGUAUCUUUCGAGUACCUUCCUUACAGUAUGAUGGUCGGUGGACCUCGGGAAGCUUUGCAACAUGCCCUCAUCCGUAAGAAUUAUGGCUGCACGCACAUGAUUAUCGGACGCGAUCAUGCGGGCUGCAAGGACAAGUCAGGUAACGACUUCUACGGCGCAUAUGAUGCGCAGGAUCUUAUGAUGCCUCUGCAGAAGGAACUUGGAGUGACCAUGGUGCCAUUUAUGGCAAUGGUAUAUGCCAAGGAGGAAGAGGCAUACAUUCCAGUGGACGAGGCUAAGGAGAAGGGCUACACACCAAUGAGUAUCUCUGGUACCAAGUUCAGAAAAAUGCUGGUUGAAGGCGAAGAGAUUCCCGAAUGGUUCGCGUACCCGGAGGUCGUGGCUAUUCUGCGAGAAAAUGCAACGAAAAGCAGUUAAGAUGUCUCGGCGAUGAUUGUUGUAGCAACCAAAUGCCUAUAUCUAUAUUAAUUAGGGGUUGCUUGUGCUUGUACGUGGAUUUGAUGGUAAUCGACCUUAAACUCGCGUGGAUGUAUCAGGACUCUAAAAGAAAGUCGACAGCUUGAGUUUCAUUUUUAUAUGUGGAUUUAAAGGAUAGGGACACUAGUAGUGCUACCUUCACAUAUAUAUAGUACUUGUGUGACAGUUAAAAUCAAUUCUUUGUAAAUAAAAACGCUAUUGGCG